AUGGCCGAUAGCCCAGCCGUGCAAGUGCUCGCCGUCCCAGACCCAGCCCUCCUCCAAACGCCCCCAUCGCGCUCUCCACUCCAAUCCCUCCAAGAUGGCCUGAUCCUGGAGCCUCUCCGAGACUGGUAUGGCAGCCUGAUCGACUACAAGCCAUCGCCGGCAAGCUGGGUCGUCACAAAAGUCGAGCACAUGAAGAACUUCCACUUCUCCGCAUUCAUGCACGAGUUCCUGCGGGUUACAGUGCAGAAUACGGCGGCGGAGAUCCCGCAAGACGAAAAACCCGCGUACGUUAUCUUGGAGCGCGACAGCCAGAACAGCGAUUGGGCGGCCGUUGGCUGGAGAUGGGUGCAGCCGCCCCGGCUGAGCGGCUGGUGGAUCGAGAGGUUGGUACUGGGAUACUUUGCCGGACCUACAACGGCGGAUUCGGAGCAAUCGGCGCACUGGAAGGCAAUCGGGUACUCGGGGUCGGAUUUCCUGUGCUCGAUUGUAUUUGCGGGCGGGGGCGUGCCGCUUCUAGAGUUCGCGGAUGAGCUGGUCCGGCUGAGCGAGAUGGUGCCCCGAUACUCUAUCCUCGCGGCUGGGAACUACUGGUACGCGCUGACGGUGUAUGAGGGGCUAAGGGAGAGAUGGGCAGGUUCAGAACACCGGGGUGAAUAUUACACGCACAGAGGGCGGUUUGCCGGGAUUCGCUGGGGCUCGCCGGUUCUGGCUGACUUGAGGGAGCAUCUACUGUGGAUAUUGGCCUUUGCUGGCCUUGUCAUUGUCCUGGCCGUCUUCUUGAACGGGCUGCUAUGA